AUGAAUCCAAUUCAGUCCUCAGUAGAAUUAGCAAGGAUCAAUGAGAAUGAGUUUGAUGAUCAGCAAAAAGUUGUAGUUCUUUCCCAACUACCCAAAACCAAAGGCUUUUUAGGUUUAUCGUCCCUUUCCUUGUACCAAGGUUUUUGGUGUCCUUCCAAAAUUGUUCCCAACGUAAUCUCCUUCCAAACCCACUUCCAAGCUCAUGACCAAGACAUCAUUCUCGCCUCCAAGCCCAAAUCCGGCACCACCUGGCUCAAAGCUCUCGUUUUUUCGAUCGUCAACCGUGCCCGCUACACGCCUUCCAACACUCCUUUGCUCAUUUCCAAUCCGCAUCAACUCGUGCCCUUCCUCGAGUUCACCCUCUUCGCUGAUCAUGCAAUCCACAAAAAUAGUGCUGCUGUCAAGGUUCCCGAUCUAAGCGGCAUUCCAUCCCCGCGGCUGUUCUCCACCCACAUUCCCUACCCGUCCUUGCCCGAAUCCGUCAAGAACUCGAAAUGUCGAAUCGUCUACAUUUGUCGAAACCCUCUCGACGUGAUUGUCUCCUCUUGGCAUUUCGGGACUCAGGAUCGCACCCGCUCGCAGUGGACAAACAUGGAGGAAUAUGUGGACAAGUUCUGGAAGGGAGAGGCGGCGUUCGGGCCCUUUUGGGACCAUGUGUUGAGUUAUUGGAGGGAGAGCUUGGAGAAGCCGGAAAAGGUGUUGUUUUUGAGGUAUGAAGACAUGAAGGAAGACACUGUCGCUCAGGUGAAGCGGAUUGCGGAGUUCGUCGGGUUUCGGUUUUCCGACGAAGAGGAGAGCGGAGGAGUUGUCCGGCAAAUAUCUGAGAUGUGUAGUUUGAAGAGUUUGAAGGACUUGGAAGUUAACAAAACUGGUAAGUUCAUGCCCAACUUUGAGAAUAAAAGUUACUUUAGGAAAGGAGGAGUGGGCGACUGGGUUAAUCAUCUCAGCGCUUCCUUGGCAAAACGCAUAAUAAGCAAGGUCAAUGAGGAAAAACUCAAGGGUUCUGGUUUGACCUUCAAAUAUGAGAGUUAG